AUGCGCCAUCAUCUCCAGUCCUUCCCCUUCGACCAGUCCUCACCCUUCGAUCAAGCCGGAAUGAAUACAUUCAUGGAGCAAUCUGGCACAGUCGCCGCAACCUUGGUUGUGCCCGCCAAUCGUUCCCACCCUUUCUAUCCGGUAGAUUUGAGGGUGCCUGGAUACAUUGCGACAUCCACCCCGACUGCUGUUUUGCUUACAAUCUUUUUUGGGGGGCUUCUGAUGCUUAUAACAACGACGCGGUAUUUCUUGCGCGGCCUGAAGCCCCAGCUUUCCAACGGCGAUACUUGGACGGCAACAUGGUUCGUCAUCUGCGGCUUCAUCCACAGCUUGCUUGAAGGCUACUUUUCGUGGCAUUCUCUUCAGAUGGGCGGUCGCACAGACCUGUUUGGCCAGCUUUGGAAAGAGUACUCGCUAUCCGACUCGCGCUACAUGACCCAGGAUUCCUUUGUCGUCUGCAUGGAGACUGUCACUGCUGUCCUAUGGGGCCCGCUCUCCUUCUUGUGCGCCUACAUGAUUGUCACAGACCACACCGCGCGACAUUCCGUUCAGUUGACCGUGAGCUUUGGGCAGCUCUACGGACUGAUCCUCUACUUCGCGACGUGCACUUUUGAAGAGCUGGUUCACGGCGUGGUCCUGAGUCACCCCGCACCAAUCUACUUCUGGGCAUAUUACAUCACAUGCAACGCCUUCUGGCUCUUCAUACCCGGCUGGCUUAUUUAUCAAAGUCUCGGCGAGGUUCAGGCAGCGUUUGCGUACAAGGCGCAAUUCAAUGCCGUCGCUCGUCAACAGAUGAGGAAGGAGGCUGCAACACUAUAG